AUGAAUAAUCGGAUUAUUAUUUUUAUGUUUUUCUCAUUCCUUUUACAACUUAAUAAUAUAUCCUGCAAUUAUACACUAUGCUCUCUAGUAACAAAUGAGGACGCCAUAUUGACAUAUUGUAAAAAUGGAUCCGAUUGUUAUAUCAAGAAUGCAAAUAAUUCUCCCUAUUCAUCUAUUAUAUGUGUAUGCAAAAAAUUUAAAGAAAAUUAUUUUGCUGGACCCGAUUGUUCAAUAAGAAUUCCAUUACACUACAAAAUAAUGAAAAAUAACGAUGUUCUUAAUACUAGUUGGAUUGAAGAUUUAUUAAAACUUAAUACCUGGAAAAAUGAUGAAAACAGAGUAGGAAAAAUUUGUGUUAAUCCCCAGUGUAAUUAA